AUGCCCAUCAAGGACGGCGAGGACAUUGCUAUGCUCAUCAUCCAUGAGCCCUUCCGACCGGUGAUGAAGGAGCAUAUCAUCGUAAAGCAUCCUCACAUCGUUAGGCUCUCUGUGCAACCAAAUGGUGCGAGUUCUGGGUCCAGGUCCAGAUCUUCCACUAGCAGAUGGCGCUGGGGAGAGUCUGGGACUACUUCUGCCAGAAGCACAAGAUCUCCAGUGACAUGCUUGACUGAGGUUGACAGGCCCGAGCUUCAAGACUGUAUAUUUUGCCCAGGGAUCAACACCCUGGGUUGUGGAGGGGAAUGGGAUGCCCAUGUUGUGUUAAACUUAUGUGUAGUCCAAUUGGGUGAACUUCAACUAAUUUGGAAUGGAAGGAAGUAUGGUUUUCCAAAAAAAGAGCAUCCACCAAAGUUGUGUAAGAUUCUCCUCCCGCGCCUCUCCAUCUGGCGUGCCCGCCGCUCGGCGCGCCUCCGCGAGGAGCGCCGCGCCCAUGCGCUCGAGCUUCAGAAGCUCCACAAGACCGCCACACGCCGUUGCCGCAACUGCAACAAUCCCUACAGGGACCAGAACCCUGGCGGCGGCAAGUUCAUGUGCUCAUACUGUGGCCACGUAUCCAAGCGGCCCGUGCUUGACCUUGGCCCUGCGGGGAAGGUCCCCGCUGGGUGGCCUUGCAGUCAGGAUUGGGCCAAUGCUGUUGGUGACCCGGGUUACUGGCUUGACCUGCAGUGUUCCGCCGAUAACUCGUACUCAGGCUUCUCAUGGCGGCUGUUCUCGUGCUUUUGCACCAGUAUGGCAUGGUUCUGGAAGAAAGUGUUCAGGUUUGGGUCAUCAGUGGACAGCGGUGGAUUGGGCCGGGAUGGCAGAAUGUUGACAAAAGCAGGGGACAAUGGAGGCAAGGCUGAGGAGAGCAGAGUGGACAAGGCGAAAAGGAAGGCUGAGGAGAAGAGGUUGGCGAGGUUGGAGAGGGAAAUGCUAGAGGAGGAGGAAAGGAAGCAGCGAGAAGAGAUGGCAAAGCUAGUAGAGGAGCGGAGAAGGCUGAGGGAUGAGAAAGCAGAGGCUGAGGAGCGAUCCAAAGGUGCUACCCCCGUCGGGGAGAAGGAUGCUAGGAAGGAAGCAGAACGGAGGCGGCAGGAGAGGAGGAGGAAGGAAGACAAGGGAUCAAGCAAGAGCAAUUCAGACUGCGAAGAUGUUGAGAGAAGAGUAAGCAGAGAAGGUGAGAGGAAGCGCGACUUUGAUAGAAGGAAUGAGACAGACAGGCGGGAUGCGGCAAGAGUUGGGACAGAUGGAUACAAGCCCAAUAACUUUGAAUCUAACAGUCAGGGUAGUAAGAUAGCACAGAGCAAGACGAAGUACUUUGGUCGUAUGACUGGAGGUUUAUUAUCUUCUUCCAGAGGUUUUGGUGGUGGCUCCUUUUUUGGUAGAAGUGCUCAGGCCCCUGUUCAUCAAGCUAACAAGGUGACUAAACCGCUCAUUGCUGCAACUGACCAGAGUAUUAAAAGAGAUACCCAACCUGCAGCCACACCAGCAAUGGUCAAAUCUGCCACAGCCGGAGAAACUAGAAAUUCAUUGACUAAUUUUAGUCGACCUGUUAGUCCAAAUAUGCAGGCACAUCCUACAGGCCUUAAAAAGUCAUGGCAUCAGUUGUUUAGUCGCUCAGCUGCAGUUUCCCCUUGUCCCGAUGUUACUGCUUCAGCUCGUGAGAAGAACAUGCAGCCUGCCCCAAAUGGUGCACAGAUAAGCAGCGCUCAAAAUUUUCUGGCUCAGUAUCCUCCUCUGGACAGCACGCCGAAGUUAAGCCAAUCCAUGCACUCUGCAGGGUUUCCGCCAGUGAAUGGAGCAUCUGCCAAUAUGCCGCUAUCUCAUUUUCCAGCGGGACACUCGCCCUUCGGUAAAGUUUCAGAAGCAGCAUUACUGGAAGAACCUGAGCAAUUUGAGGACCCGUGCUAUGAUCCAGAUGCCAUUGCAUUGCUUGGUCCAGUUUCAGAGUCCCUAGACAACUUCCCUCCAGACUGGGAUAGCAGAUUCACCUUGAAUGAUGUCACCAAGCAACCACAUGUUAGGAACCCCAUGCCUUCACCAAUUGAGUCUCCUCUAUCAAGAUCACGGACUGUUGAACGAAAUCCUAUUAGACCCUCACAUUUCUCAACUGCAAAAGGGCAUAAUGGUUCAAUGUCAGCUGAGGCUAACAAUGAGCAAGGCACAUGGCAAAUGUGGAGCACGCCGCUGGUACAGGACAGUUUAGGUCUGCGAGGUCCUCAGGGACAAUGGCUUCUACCAAACACAAAUCAAUUCAACCAUGGCAUCAAUCAUUUGAAUGGUGGAACAAGAAGCCCCCUCAGUGCUGGUCUGAAUGACAAUGAUUUAUGGCUGCAGAAAUCACCCUUCCAGCAAUUGCCUCUUGAUACAGAUAGUCUGUUCCUUUCACACGACAUGUCAGAAAAUGCUAUACACAGUGACUUGGGUUUUGGAUCUCCAAACAAAACAGCCCGUGCGCACCCCUUUGGACCACCUGAUCCUUGUCAUUCUUGGUCCAAGUAA